UCAGGCGAUGACUCGCCGCCAACCCGCAACCGCCCAGGCGAACACGUGAGCGUCGGAGAUAUAGACCCGGCGGUCUGCCGACCAGAGCCAGUUGAACGUCGGUGGCUUGUUGGUGCAGACAGGAUUUCGUUGGAAAACGUCAAAGGAGCUAGUGAACGUCAUUGAAAAUGGCCCCAAACAUCACAUCUACGCCGACGGGCGUUCCGUAUGGUAAUUCGAUUCUGGAAUCAAAGCAGAUGGAUCUGAACGAAGGGGAAGAGAAAAAGCCUGCACCUGAGUACAAGAGACAGAUUGUUUGGCGGAAUGUCCUCCUUUUUGCUUAUUUGCAUUUUGCGGCAUUGUAUGGUGCUUACCUGAUGUUCAGCUCCGCGAAAAUUCUGACCAGCAUUUUCGCGAUCUUAAUGUACCAAGUAUCGGGCUUGGGUAUCACUGCUGGUGCGCAUAGACUUUGGUCCCACCGUUCCUACCAAGCACGUUGGCCCCUUAGAGUCUUGCUGAUGGUCUUUAACACACUAGCUUUCCAGAACCACAUCUUUGAGUGGGCUCGUGAUCAUAGAGUGCAUCACAAAUUCACAGACACAAAUGCUGAUCCCCACAACGCAACCCGGGGUUUCUUCUUCUCACAUGUAGGUUGGCUCAUGGUACGGAAGCAUCCAGACGUGAUGCUCAAGGGAAAGCAGAUAGAUCUGAGUGAUCUGGAAAGAGAUUCUGUUGUUCAGUUUCAAAAGAAGUAUUAUUUGAUCCUGAUGCCUGUUCUGUGCUUUCUCAUACCAACUUGCAUCCCAGUCUAUUGCUGGGGUGAGACGUGGAAAAAUGCAUGGUUUGUGGCAACAAUGUUUAGAUACACUCUCACUCUCAACAUAUCGUGGCUUGUGAACAGUGCAGCUCACAUGUGGGGGAACAAACCAUACGACAAGUUCAUCAACCCUGCUGAGAACUUAAGUGUAGCAGUUCUUGCUCUGGGAGAGGGCUGGCACAAUUACCAUCACGUAUUCCCGUGGGACUACAAGACAGCUGAGUUGGGUACUUACUCGACGAAUUUUACGACAGCCUUCAUAGACUUUAUGGCCCGCAUCGGCUGGGCGUAUGACCUCAAGACUGUUCCACUGGAGAUGGUGAAGAGGCGAGCUCAGAGAACGGGUGACGGCACGCACAGCAGUGCUGCGGAACAAAAUCAUGGUCAUGGACACAGCCAUGAGGGUGGUGUGUGGGGCUGGGGAGAUCGCGACAUCCCGGCGGAGGACACAGAAUUGAUAACUGGUGUUCAGGAAUCUGCUGAGCCGUCCUUAACAGCAGAGACCACUGUGACAUCAGCUUUGCUGGAUGGAGAAGCUGUUCCAGAGGAGGAGGAGAAGGAUGACGAGGUCGAUGAGGCAGCUGCUGCAACAGUAACAGAAACAACUGAUGGUGUGAAGGAAAAAUGCUGCUAAAUAUUCCAGGGUGUGUGAAAUGAAAGACUGCAGGAAUGCUCAUCUUGUGUACUGUUUGGAAAAUUCAAGAGUUGAUACCUGUGAGCAGCCCUUAUAGUAGACUUAUUAGAUGCAGCUUAGUUUUUGUUUGAUUUUGGAAUAAAUUUUUCAUUAUGUAUGGCACAAGUACUAGUUGAAUGUGAGUAGGAGAAAAUCUUACCCAAACCUCUCAUGGCUGUGUUGUCAGAAGUGGCAGAAAUAUUUUAAAUGUUUUAACUGUUUCUGGAUGGAGGGAAAAUGACAAAAUACCAGUGACAGUAUUGUUGAACUUGUUGAGAAUUCCCCAUUCGGCAUACAGCUUAUUAUGUUUUGUGUUGUACAAAUGGGAAUUGUUUGAAAUAAAUAUAAAAACUCUUAAUGAUCUGUCUUGGAGUGACAAAAAAAAUUCCACUCUUCCAUUCAUGUGGACUCCUUAUUUUUCAAGGAAAGUGUGAACAAAAAUUUGAUGUUAUGCAAGUUGCUUUUGCAAGAAAUUAUUGUUCAGAUUAUUUAAGAAAUUUGAUUUAGCCAUUUUAAAAGUAAUAAGAUUAACAUUUGUAGAUGGCAGAGAAAUUCUUAUUUAAUUGAACUUUGUAUUUCACUAAAGGUAUUUUUGUUUUGUUACUGUGUAUGUACAAUUCUUGAUUAUGUAAUUCUCAUACAUUGAAUGUAUGUAGUAAUUCAUAAUUGUUGCAUUCCAAGAACACAGUGGGGUGCAACCAUUGUGUAUCUGAUACAGUGGCACACACAGCAUAAAUCUGUGCCUGCCAAUUGUUAUUUUGCACUUUUAAACUUGAACAACAAAAAUGUUUGUGUUGUGGCCCUACCUGCACUUGGAAGACAUUUGUGUUAUGUUUCUCUCCUGUCUUUCUUCCUGUUACAUCUUCCACUAAGUGGUUUCUGUGUUAAUUUAUAAGUGUGUUACGUGCACUUCGCAUUGAAUCACAUUACUCUAAAGCUGUGGUAUUUUUAUAAAAUAAAUGUGAAAUUGAAGAA